CUUCAACGACUAUUAUUACCGCAACGUUUGGAUGCACCGUCUUCACAAUGCACGCUCCAUCGCUAUCGGUGCACUCUCCUGCAGAAAACGAGCGUUUGGCGUGUCUGCGAGUGUUUUAAAUGCCAACUCGGACGCCGGCUCAACUCGAAGUCAGAACCAGAACCAGGACCUGGGAAAGGAUGAAAGCCCAAGUAGGGAAACGGUGGAUGGUGAACAGGGAGAACAGGAUGGGCAGGGGCAUGGAUACAUCGCGGGGAAGCUCUCGCGCUCUCUGCGUAGCCGGCGUGAACCCCAGCGCCGCCACGCAAAUAGCUCAUACGCCAAAGAAGAACACGCCGACGCUAAUACCACCAGGUCCUCCUUCGACGCCGAAUCAUUCAUAGAGAUUAUCACGAAAAAAUCUGAUAGCGCUGCAGACAUCCCAAGCUCUCACCACGUUCCGGUGGCAGGUGCUUCGAAGAGAAGACAAAAAGACAAGCAGCCAAAGAAAAAGAAGGGGCAGGGGAAAGUGAAAAUAAAAUUCGUUAAUGCACGACCUACUGUGGAAUCAGCGCGUGCCUCCCUUGCAGGGUUCGACGCGAAGCGUACUGGGGUACUUCAGCUACUGUUGAAGGGCUCUGGGGAGAUCAAUCACUCAGAAAGGGAUGGUUGGACAACCGGGUGGGGCGAAGACGUGCUUCGACCUGGGGAGAAUGCGAAUUAUGGAUUGCAGGGUUCGUUCUGUGGCGAUGUACGAGAAAGUAGGAAUGGGUCUGCGCGACGUGGGCAACCGCCGCAUAUGGGCCGUCGCCAUCCCCUGCCUUAUACCCGCCGCGUAGAGGGUCUCUUCGAUGACGUACAGGAUCUAAAUGCUCCUUCAUCAAGCAAACCGAGCUCCAUCAAUAACGUAUUGGAAGAUAUUGACCCACCUUCGGAACACAAGCCUAUUGCGCGGCUUGCGCAUGGGCUUGAUAGGGUGUUGUUCAACCCUGGUGUGCACUGGCUCCAAGAUCCACGCUCACGUGUAUAUAAUUUCACGCCCUGGCUUGAGAGCAUACCCAAAGUUACGGAUUUCGCGUUCGAGCGCGUCACUGGGUUCAUAAGGAGUUCUCAUGACAACGACCUUCAUACCCUCGCUAAAAUCCACUCCCGACCAUAUGUUGGCUCUACCUCUUCCCUGACUGGUCUGCUGAGCCAUAUUUACUUCCUCAUGUCUGGCGGAGAGGGUGUAGAUACGAGUAUUUUGAGUGGCGCGUUUGCGCAUGAGCCGACGACCUUUACCCCAGGCCAGCGCAUGCCCGUAUCAGUCGUGUUACGGUACAAUGAUGGCGUAUGGGCGGUCGACUCCGGCAAGGACGGCGAGGAUGACAGCGAAAAGAAUGUUUUGACUUGGAUGGGCACCCUCCUUGAAAAAUUCCUGACAGUUCCGGAGCCUGAAUUCAAGACUCUGCUGCGCUCCUCGCCCGCACCCGCUGAGGGUGAGGAGGAUAACAGGAGGGAGGCAUAUAGGUAUGCGAAGAGUGACCGCUUUUUGAUGCGCUCCCAGCUCGAUUGCGUGGAUCCUCGCUUACCAGGAACAGGCGUUUUUGAUGUCAAAACCCGUGCUGCGGUGCCCAUCCGACUGGAUUUACUGAAUUUUGAGGAGAACUCAGGUUACCUCAUUCGCACGCUGAACGGGCCAUUGGAGAGCUUUGAAAAGGAAUACUACGAUUUAAUUCGGAGUGCGUUUCUGAAAUACAGCUUCCAAGCCCGUAUCGGUAACAUGGAUGGCGUGUUUGUUGCUUAUCACAACACGGCUCGCGUUUUUGGAUUCCAAUAUGUCUCGCUCGAGGAGAUGGACGCGCGGUUGUUCGGACCAGAUGUGAAACCUGCUGGUGUUCUUAACGGAGGUAGUUCACCCACCCGAGGCGCGCGUAUAUUCGAGAAGUGCGUGAGACUGUUGGAAAAAGUGAUGGAUGAGAUCGUUGUGGUGUUUGGCAAUAGGAGCGUGAAAUGCACAAUCGAGACACGGGAACGCUCGUCGAAGAUGAACAUAUGGGUUGAGCCUGUCGAGUGGGACGCGGAGAAAGAAGGGAAGGGAAAGGAUGUGAUAGUAGAGUUGAAAGAGGGAGAGGAAGAGAAAGUCAGGGAGCAAGGGAAAGAGGGUGGGGGUGAAGAGAGACAGGCGAAGACCGAGGAGCCACCGAUUGUUCAGAUCGACGUAGAGGUGCAGAACUUUGUCGCUGGCCAGCCUGUCUCGGGCUCGAGAGCGAUUGGUGUCGCGCCUGAUGAGAACUGGAUUCUCCACUGGUCCGUCUCGCAUAGUUCGUUGGAAGCCUCCAAAAUUCGCGCGAACCUCGCAUCUGCGAAAGAGAGACAGUUCCGCGCGUGGAAUUUCCCAGCGAAUAUCAGCGGACCCGAGGAGAUGAAAGCAUGGUGGAACGCGCUGGAUUUCGGCGGACGGAAGAAUGCCGCUUCUCCUUUAGGUGACGGUGAUGGGACUGUGAGCGAGGGAGAAGCAGUGAGCGGGCUACGUGAAGUGGUGGCAGGCGACGAGAGCUGUGUCGCAAUGGAGGAGAACAGUUUGAUAGAGGAAGGACCUGAAGCCGAUGAGAACAAAAUCAAGAAUGGCGCGCAGUCGUUCAACUCCAGGCUCUUCCGACCGGCAUCGACGAGUAUUGAACGAUUGCGCCAGCUAUCGAGAGAUGGGAGAGAGGAGACUUUGAGGGCAGAGGCUGAGGAGGAGGCGAUGGGAAGGGAGAAAAUUGUUUGGGGGCUUUUGGGAAAUGGAGGCGCUGCGAGCAGUGAAACCAAGGAAGUGGCCGAGGAUAGCAGUUCGACAUCAACUGUUACUCAGGCUUCAGAGAUGGGGGCAGUCGAUGCGGUGGAAAAAAGGAGCAAAGAGAACGAUAAAGAGUGAAUGGAGAACAUUUCCCCGUAUUGUUCAACGCGCUGCCGCCGAUAUGUUGUCGACCUUCUAUCUACGACGGUGUCUACUGCGAGUGGACUCAUGAAACAGCACCUCAAGUUAAUCAUUAGUUAUUCAGUACUCAGUACGUUGCACGCUAUAUUUUUGUGCGAUUUACGUUUGCAUUU